AUGGCGCAACCACAACCUUCGCCCCAGAUUCCGCCGCGGGCAUUUUCGCCUCCCCAGCCAAGCCCAUCUCCCGCGACAUCACAUUCGGGCUUCGCGCUGCCUCCCAACAAACGAGUACGAACCGACGGGCCUGGAUCACAGCCUGGAUCGCCUUACGCCGCCUCGCCUUACACAAUGAGUCCAGUCCCCGUGGCCACUCCCCCCACUGCAGCCGGAUCGCCAACGUAUCCUCAAGCACCAACGCCACCUGUGCAGGCCGGAUAUGCCAUGCAGUACACAAACGGCCAUCCUCCGCCUCCUCAAGGACUGAGUCUUCCAACCGCCUCGCCAACAGUCUCCACGCCCGUCAUGCACACUCCUCAGCAAGCGCCAGCGCAAGGACAGAUGCCGAUGCAAAUCCCAAUGCCAACACCAAUGCAGGUGCCUACGCCAGGACAGACUCCGGGGAUCAUGGGACCUCCCCAGAAACCAGCAGAGAGACCAACGAAAGACUACGAGUAUGAUGUGACGGAUUCAUUGGCUGGUACGGGAAUCGACCUUCGCGCAGAAGAGCAGUACAUGGCAGACCUCUAUUCAAAUGCUCUCGAGGGAACGCCUGAAGCCAGAACAGGAUUCGCCCACUAUGCACCGGGUUCCAAGUCCAGCUUCUACGGUGCCGGUCCCGCUAACCAGCCUGCCCAGCCUACCGACUUGGCACAGAAGCAGUAUACUGCUCAGGCAGCUGAGCAGGCGUGGCAAGAAUCAACAAUGCGACUUGCUGUGCAGAGAACCCAGGAGAUCAACGAUCCUUUUCUUCUUGUCGCAUUGCUGCAUCGCCGAGCAGAGAAAAUUGCUCGCGAGCAUCAUCUUGGUCUUAAUUUAGAGCUCAAGAACAACGUCCCAUCUAUGGGAAAGAUGAAGUUGCCUGAGAACUUUGCAGCACCCAAAGUAACAGUCAAGACAAGUACAGGUCCGGAUGGCACCUUGGUGGAGACUAGCGGGUCCUUUAUUCCGCAUGACGCUUUUCUGGUCGAUCAGCUUGCGCUGAUGUCGAUAGCAACGAAGCAGAGAGUACGUGAGUUGGUUGAGGACGCAAAUGUGGUGGCGAGAACACGGCAGAAGACGUCUCAUGGAGAUAUACCUCCGGAGUGGGCAGCCGCUGCUGCUCCAAUGAAUGCAGAGCCAUUAGAACCCAUUGUGGAAAAGGACGGCGAUGCGAACGGAGCUGUAGCUGGAACCGGUGCUGGUACUGAAGCCGGGCAGGGUACCAGUUCGUUGAAGCGUCCUGCCGACACAAAUGACACGGCUGUCAAACAACCACCGGCGAAGUUGCCUAAGAUCGCCUCUUACGCCACAUUGACAAUGAGAGAUUUGGCUAGGCAAGAGCGUGAAUGGGAAGAGGCUCGACUACGGAGACGGCAGAUGCGUAAAGAAGGCUUGGGCGACUCAGCAGCUUCAGCCUCACGAGCAGGGAGCGUCGCACCCGGUACACCCGGGUCGGUAGCUCCAGAGUCAGAAAAGGCAAUGACGAAGAAGGAAUUGAAGAAGACACAGGCCAUGAAGGCGGCUGAGGCUAGCAGUCAUGCGAACCAGAACAUCACGAGUAGCAUGUUUGCGGGCUUAGGAGGCAAGGGAAGCCUCUUUGGCAAGAAGAAGUCGGGCAAGACGUAUGACUGGAUGAAUGUUGGCCGAGGAGGAAGCGGUGCUAGUACCCCGACACGGGCUGCCCCAGGACCAGGCAAAGGCCCGAAUGGCGUUCCCGGAGCUCCAUCCCCUGGCAACAUGGCAUUGACGACUGAAGGACGAAAUAGACUGGGCACAUGGCGGGAAGACAAAGAAAAGGGGAAGAACAUUCAGCUUCGUGACUGGAUCACCGUGCUGGAGAGAGACGGCCGGGAGGCCAAGGCGUUGCAACACGCUUAUAUAAACUUGGACAAUUCGAACCCUAAAUAA